AUGGCUUAUUCAAACCCUAAUCAUCUCUAUUAUCCAGAUCCCACCACCAUUCCAACCUUUUCUCCAUUUUACCCUUCUACCAUCCCUCCCACUUAUCCCACAACCAUACCAAACCUAACUCCAACCCCUACUCCCAACCCAAGUUUUCCUUCAUAUCCACAUCACCUUCAUGACCCAUCAUACAACCCACCACCAAUUUUCACCUAUCCACCUUACUCUUCAUACCCAAACAGCACCGCAUCACCAUCACCAAACCAUUACACAUCAUACACAACUUCUUCUCCAUCUGAUUAUGCAUAUUCAAAUCACUACAACUACACCCAACACCCAUCAUACCACACAUCAUUUCUUCCUCAACAACCAAAUCAGACUCCUAAUUCCAACUAUUCACAACAUAUUACAACAUUUCACACUGCAGAUCAACAUAUUUCCUCUAAGCAUGCUGAAAAGGAAUGGGAAGAAUCUCAUAGAGUUUUUACUGAAAAAAUGCAAGCCAUUCGCCUUGCUCUCAAGGAAAACCUCCAAAAAGUAUCUGACAAAUAUACAGCUUUGAAACAGAGCAGGCAGGAGAGACUUCUUACAACAAAUUCAGAGAAAGUUGCAGAAGAAAAACCACAAACAGAAGAAACUGAGUUUACUAUUUCAGUCGAAGAAAAAGAAUCAACAGAAGAGGACAACGUGGAGAAGAAACAAGAAUUUAAAACUCACCGUGAUUCAUUAUCACAGUUGCCUCCUUCGUGUCCAAAACUACCACCAACACAGUUUCUUUCAACUGUGUCGUCGCCGGCGCUGCUGUCACCACCACAAGGACCUGUUCCUCUAGUUGAGCCGCCAUCCAAACAACUCCUGAAGUCACUAGAAACCAACAUCUCUCCGGCGUCGAAGCCGCCGUCUAAACUGUCGGAACCAUCAGAUCAAAAAUUUCCGUCAGAAACCUUCUCAGUUCCACCUCCGGCGAGUCGACCGCCGUCGAAACCGCCAGAUCCAUCAUCGAGCUUUCUCAUAUCUCAGUCUCAUCUUCGAACACCACCGUGCUUCUCAAAGUCACCACUGAAACUGCCGCCACCUAAACCUCCAGACAAGGUCUUACCUCUGUUCACGUCGCCGUCAUCGAAGCUACAUCCACCACCGAAUUUGUCAUCGCCAUUUUUGCGACCGCCGGCGAAGCCCCCAGAUUUAACUCUCGUUGAAACUUAA